AUGGCUCUCUCUGUUAGAAAUUUGUUUAGAACUAGUUAUUUAAGGAGAUAUAGUAAUGUAGCAUGUCAGAAUAUUGCAGAAAAAGAUUUAUCCAGACCACAUAUACCAGUAAUGAGCAAGGAGGUAUUGGAAAAUUUAAAACCAGAAGAGAACCAAACCAUUUUAGACAUGACUUUUGGGGCAGGAGGUCACAGCAGACAAAUACUAAAAUGUGCUCCUAAUAUUAAGCUGCUAGCCCUUGACAGAGAUCCAAGUGCACAUGAAUUUUCACAAUCUUUGGCUGAAGAAUAUCCUGAUCAAGUUGUACCAUUGUUAGGAAGAUUCUCAGAGCUACCACAACUAUUAAAGCAACAUAAUAUUAAACAAAAUUCUAUAGAUGGUAUAUUGUUUGACUUUGGUUGUUCAUCAAUGCAAUUAGACACUGGUGACAGAGGCUUUUCCUUAUCCAAAAAUGGACCAUUGGAUAUGAGAAUGGAUGGAAGAAGAUAUCCUGAUGAGCCAACAGCAGCAGAUGUUUUAUCAAAAGCAACAGAAGAAGACUUAUACAAAAUAAUUAAAUAUUAUGGUGAAGAAAAACAGGCAAAGAAAAUCGCAAGAGCAAUUGUGGAUGCAAGGUAUCUAUUCAAAAAAUUGACUACUACUCAGGAACUAGCUGAUUUAGUGGAAACAGUGUCCUCAGCAGAAUAUAAGUUAGAUAAAUUGCAGAGGCGUUCACAUGUGGCAACAAAAACGUUUCAGGCAUUGAGAAUUUUUGUAAACAAUGAACUGAAUGAAAUUAAUUAUGGAUUAAUAUUAGCUCAUAGGUAUUUAAAAAUAGGCGGUAGAAUUGUAACAAUAACAUUUCAUUCAUUGGAGGAUACAAUUGUUAAAAGACAACUACUAGGAAAUGUUAUUGAACAUUCAGCAAAUCCCUUGCCUUUAAAAUAUAGCAAUGUUUCUCUCAGUAUAAACAAUGAUAUUGUUAAAGCUGUAAUGGACUCCAAUUGGAAAAUGUUGCACAAGCAUGUAAUAGUUCCUAAGUUUGAAGAAGUUGACGAAAAUCCUAGGAGUAGGUCUGCUAAACUCAGGGCUGCAGUAAAAGUGAAGUAGACAUCAUAUUUGUUAUAUUUUGCAUUGUUAUAAUAUACAUGUUUUUGAAAAA